AUGAUAGCAAGUUGGUGUUGUCAAGAACAAGUAUUGAACCAUCCUUCAAUUGGAGGGUUUCUAACGCAUAGUGGUUGGAAUUCAACGCUUGAGAGUAUCUGUGCUGGCGUGCCGAUGAUCUCGUGGCCUUUCUUUGCUGAGCAGCUGACGAACUGUCGUUAUUGUUGUACUGAGUGGGGCAUUGGAAUGGAAAUUGAUAGCAAUGUUAAAAGGAAUGAAGUGGAAGAGCUUGUGAGAGAACUAAUGGAUGGAGAAAGGGGUAAGAAAAUGAAGGAGAAUGUUAUGAAUUUGAAGAUUAAAGCUGAAGAAGCAUGUAAACCAGGUGGAUCUGCUUACAAGAACUUUGAUAGAUUGAUCGAUGAAGUUCUUCAUUUUUGA